GGGGCCAGCUGGUGUAACACGAUCUGGGCCUGGUGCUUUCUUCCUUUUCUGCUUCCGGAAGACCUGGCGCACAGCAUCCUCGCUUCAUUGCAUUGAGAAGAAAAGUAAGAUGGACAUUUUUACAUCUUACACAAUUGUUUUCCGCUGCUUUUAUUGUAUUUGAUUGAGCCAUAAUUUAAUACUUUUUCUUUCAUACUUUUUUCUUGUGUUCUGUUUAAGAAAUGGCAAGGUUUAUUAUUUGGUUCAUGUCAUUUCGAUGAUCAACAUCACUGGAAUUAUUUUAAUGUGUUAAGAUCAGUUUUAAUAAUGCGUGAAUAGUAAUAAUUUUUCUGUUCUUAGAUAUGUUCAUGUAGACUAUAUAAAUAUUGAUCUUUGCUGCAUUAAUAAAUGAAAAAUAUAUAUAAGAAAUAUUCUUAUGAAUAAUGUAUUUGUAAUCUUUUAUUAAUAAAUCUAAAUGAUGACUGAUUAUUUUAAUGCCAUCUGAACACUAUAUAAGUGAUGAUAGAAAUACACAUUCAUCAUGAAAUUCUUGUUGGAUAUAUUUUAAAAUCUUUUCCAUGAAGGGAGAUGAUGUCAGCUCUCUAAAAGCUGGAGGUACAGUGAUGGUAAUGUCAAGAUAUACUGAUGUUCACAUGAAUAAACGCUGAAGCGUGACUCCGGUUACUGUGUGCCACGCCUCGUGUGUUUCUGAAGCCUCAUUCUCACACACACACACACACACACACACACACCUGUAUAACCCUCACAGACACGCUGAAGAUCGCCUCUGCUUCAGAUUCUGUUCGUCAGGGUUGUGAUGGCACACACGGCUGUUCAGAUGACUGGAGAUCUGAACAACAAUGAGUCCAGGACACCGGUGUCCACCAGAAUGUCCUUCUCAUCGCCCAGACGAGGAGCGACCAUGAGCUUCCACAACAUCAGCUACAGCGUGAAGAUGAAGAGCGGCUUCCUGUGCAAGAGGAAGGUCACGCAGAAGAACAUCCUCAUCGAGCUCAAUGGGAUCAUGAGGCCGGGACUGAAUGCAAUAUUAGGAGCGACUGGGAGCGGGAAAUCAUCGUUUCUGGACGUUCUGGCCGCUCGUAAGGAUCCUGCUGGUCUUUCUGGAGAGGUUCUUAUAGACGGAGCUCCACAGCCUCCAAACUUCAAAUGUCUGUCUGGAUAUGUAGUGCAGGAUGACGUGGUCAUGGGAACACUGACGGUUCGCGAGAAUCUGCGUUUCUCAGCAGCUUUAAGGCUCCCGAAGUCGAUCCGUCAGCUAGAAAAAGAUGAGAAGGUUGAGAGACUCAUUCAGGAGCUGGGAUUGAGCAAAGUUGCCGAUUCACGGGUGGGCACGCAGCUGAUUCGUGGUGUUUCAGGUGGAGAGAGGAAGAGGACAAACAUCGGCAUGGAGCUGAUUAUUGAUCCCCCGGUGCUUUUCCUGGACGAGCCGACCACCGGCCUGGACGCCAGUACAGCCAACUCUGUCCUCAUGCUGCUCAAGAAAAUGGCGAACAGUGGUCGUAACAUCAUCCUGUCCAUCCAUCAGCCGCGGUACUCCAUCUACCGGCUGUUCGACAGCCUCACACUGCUGGUGGGAGGAAGACUGGUGUAUCACGGCCCGGCUCAAGAUGCCCUGGAUUACUUCAGCCAUAUCGGAUACGUCUGUGAACCUCAUAACAACCCUGCUGAUUUCUUUCUGGAUGUCAUCAAUGGAGAAUCCUCCGCCGUCGCUCUCAACUUGAUAAACAACAGUGAGGAACUGGACGAGGAGCAGCUGAGUUCAUCUCUGAAGGGCAUCGAGGACCGUUUGGUUGAAGAAUACAAGAACAGUGCCAAUUACAAACUGACUAACAGUGAGUUAGAGCGAAUUGUUCAGGGACGGGACUACAGCAAACAACCCAAAUCCAGAACCAUCACCUACAACACAUCCUUCUGCCAUCAGUUCAACUGGGUUCUCAAAAGAACCUUCAAGAACCUCAUGCUGAACCCACAGACAUCAUUCGCUCAGAUUGGAGUGAUGAUUUUCCUGGCUCUGGUUGUUGGGGCCAUAUUUUUUGGAGUGGAGAAGAAUUCGAGCGGCAUUCAGAACAGGAUGGGUGCACUCUUUUUCAUCACCACCAAUCAGUGCUUCAGUUCUGUUUCCUCGGCUGAACUCUUCAUCACUGAGAGGAAACUGUUUGUGCACGAGUACAUCAGCGGAUACUACAGAGUCUCAGUCUACUUCCUGUCCAAGAUCCUGUCUGACGUCCUGUUUCUGCGUACAAUCCCGGCCGUCAUCUUCAGCUGCGUGGUAUACUGGAUGAUCGGACUGAAGUCAACGGUCGAGACGUUCUUCAUCUUCAUGUUCUCCAUCGUUCUGGUGUCUUACACAGCCACCUCCAUGACUCUGGCCAUCUCCGCUGAUCAGACGGUGGUGGCCAUCGCUAACAUCUUCAUGACCAUCAGCUUUGUCUUUAUGAUGAUCUUCUCGGGGCUGCUGGUGAAUCUCCCCAGUGUUGCUGACUGGUUGAACUGGUUGAAGUAUUUCAGUAUUCCUCGUUACGGUCUCGCUGCUUUGGAAAUCAAUGAGUUCACCGGCCUGAAUUUCUGUGACAUGAGGAACGUUAGCAGCACUUUAGUAGAAGUCUGCACCACAGGUGAGGACUUUCUGAGCAAACAGGGCAUCAAUUACUCAACCUGGGGUUUGUGGCAGAAUCAUUUAGCUCUGGGAAUCAUGACCCUCAUCUUCCUCAUCAUCGCUUACCUCAAACUGCGCUUCUUCAAGAAAUUCACCUGAACACAAGCUCAUGUUCUUCCUCACACACUUCCAGAGCAUCCACCAAAUCCCAUUUCCCGCUCUGACAGUCGUGAUGCUGAAUCUUAAACAUUCAUCCAAUCAUGCUGCAGACAGAAAUGAACGUGAAGAAUUGACUGCGCUCAGACUUAUUGUUCUCUAAUAGUUUGCACACUAAAGAUUUGUUUUAAAAGUACGUUUUUUUUUGCUCAGUAACAGUACAGUUACUAAUGAAUGUCAAUGUGGAGUCUUUUAUGGAUAUGUUCAGUUAGUUUCUGUUUAAUGGACUUUUAGUUUAUUUUUAUCAUUUCCUAUAUUCCUUUGGUUUUUCUGUUUUACUGAUAUGAUUAGUUGUUUAGUUCAGCUUUGUCUCAUUUAAUUUAUGUUUUGUAUCAGUGCUUAAGUUCUUCCUUCUGUGCUCUUUGUCUGGUCUCGUUCACGUUAGUGUUGGUUUAUGCCUCCUGUUCUGUUUGGAUUAAAGACUUUGUGGUAAAGACUAAAUCUGUUGUCUGUCUGUCUGUCUACAACACAUCGUAUUUACUCCAGUUUGACACCGUUUAGAUGUUUUUGUUGGCUGAGAUAUUUUUACUACAGUGACAGUGCCACAACGUGAGUUUGGCAAAAUCAGAAUUACACCAAAAAUAACACAAGCAAAGUGCAGUGAUGCAGCCAAAGAUGUAGGCCCUAUCUACAUCAAGCAGAAUGUAAAUAUGUGUCAGUUCUCAAUGUGAUGCCUGUCGUUAUGCUUUUUUCAGCUCUGGAUCUAGUUUUUACCCAAUGAAGCCGCAGG